CCCCCCGUCCCCCUCAACGUCGCAAGCAUGAGUUUGGCUCUCGAUAUCGACAGCGCGGCGUCCGCCUCCAGACGUGUGUCUCACAGCCAGGGGCUCUCAGUUUCACCCUUAACUUUCCACUCUCCCACUUCCAGCUUUGGCAUUCAACCAGUAACACGCUUGGCCUCGCCUAAGCCUUUGAAACCAUUCGACACCCAGGAUAUUAAGAUUCUCCUUCUCGAGAAUGUUAAUAAGACUGGCCAGGACAUCUUGAGGCAGCAGGGCUACCAGGUAGAGGCUCUCAAGACCUCCCUGCCUGAAGACCAGCUCAUCGAGAAGAUCCAGGACGUCCAUGUAAUCGGCAUUCGUUCUAAGACCAAGCUGACCGAGAAGGUCCUCCGCCAAGCCAAGAACCUGCUGGUCAUCGGCUGCUUCUGUAUCGGCACGAACCAGGUCGAUUUGGAAUACGCCGCUAAGCACGGCAUCGCCGUCUUCAACUCACCCUUUGCCAAUUCCCGCAGUGUAGCUGAGCUUGUCAUCGGCGAGAUCAUCGUCCUGGCCCGCCAGCUAGGCGACCGCUCCAAUGAAAUGCACCGCGGCUUCUGGAACAAGGUCAGCGCUGGAUGCUGGGAAAUCCGUGGCAAGACCCUCGGCAUCGUGGGCUAUGGCCACAUUGGCUCUCAGCUUUCCGUUCUGGCGGAGGCCAUGGGAAUGAAUGUCAUCUACUACGACGUCGUCAACCUGAUGGCUCUAGGUACUGCCACGCAGGUGCCAACGCUGGACGACCUUCUCCAGGAGGCCGAUUUCGUCACGCUACACGUGCCUGAGCUGCCGGAGACAAAGAAUAUGAUCGCCAAGCCUCAACUAGACAAGAUGAAGGCGGGAUCAUACCUGAUCAAUGCCAGCCGCGGAAGCGUCGUUGAUAUCCCCGCCCUGGUAGAUGCCAUGCGCGUCGGCAAGAUCGCUGGCGCGGCGCUCGACGUAUACCCCAACGAACCGGCCGCCAACGGCGAGUAUUUCAAUGCCAGCUUGAACAGCUUCGGCGACGACAUUCGCAGUCUGAAGAACAUCAUCCUCACCCCGCAUAUCGGCGGCAGCACCGAGGAGGCACAGAGGGCCAUCGGCGUGGAAGUUGGCGACGCUCUUGUUCGAUAUAUCAACCAGGGAAGCACCAUUGGCAGUGUGAACCUGCCUGAGGUGAAUCUUCGCUCUCUGACUCGUGAUGAGCGGGAGCACGCCCGGUUCAUCUACAUCCACCGGAACGUACCGGGUGUACUAAGGAAGGUGAACGAGAUCUUGGGCGAUCACAACGUAGACAAGCAGACCACAGAUAGCAAGGGCGAUAUUGCGUACCUGAUGGCGGACGUCAGCAACGUCAAGACCAGCGACAUCAAGGAGAUCUCAGAUGCUCUGGAUGCUCUCAGCUCGCGUAUCCUAACCCGAGUGCUGUAUUAACCGCUCCUUUGUUUCCUGCAACGACGGGGGCGUUUUACGAUAGAUGGACGAUGCAAUGAUUCAAGGCAUUCCAUGUGGGGUACACGGGCGUAGAAUGGUUCACAGGACUCAACUUCUCGGCUACAAACUGGGAACAUUUCAACAUGUCGGUAUGGAAUGGGGCAAUCUUCUCUUCGUCACUUCACGUCUCGGGGAGGGCGUGGUCUUAUAAAUAUAUAUAUAUAUAUAUAUCUUGGAUAGCCAAAAGGAAGUCAAAAAGGCCCGUGGAACAAAGGGCGGGACAGCGUAUGAAGUAUUCAUUCUUAUCUUAUUUUUACUCUUGUUGGCGGAGUUGAUUGAUAACAUGCUUGGGAACGAGACAUCCCGAGUCAGUACUUUUGACACCAUCAUUCCU